CUUGCUAUACUUUCCUUAGACCAAAAUCCCAUUAAGGUGGGGGGAGGGAAGAAUCAGAGACGAAACUCAAAGGCAUCGAAAAGGACCAGCAGUGCAGAAGAAGAAGAAGAAAGAGGGGCUUAUUCUCUUCUCCGGAUAUUGAGCUUGUUGAAGGGUUUAAGCUUCUCUGUUUUUUUUUCUUGUCAAGAUUGUUUCAUUAUUUUAUUGUGGAGAAACCAAUUGAAGGUUUGGUCCAGAAAGGAGGAUAAGUUGAAAAAGGAUUGAAUGAUCGUUGUUGAAGGCUCUGGAAUUAGAUCUCGGUGCAACCCAGUUGUCUGAUCCGAUCAAUCUCAGUGAAGAUGGCUGCUGCUACCAGUCUAGUUGUCGGAUCACGUGUUUGGAUUGAAGAUCCUGAUGAAGCUUGGAUCAAUGGUGAAGUUGUGGAAGUCAACGGCGAAGAGAUUAAGGUCCUCUGCACUUCAGGAAAGAUGAUUGUUGUUAAGGCUUCUCAUGUCUAUCCAGAAGAUCCUGAAGCCCCACCUUGUGGAGUGGAUGAUAUGACGAGACUGGCUUAUUUGCAUGAACCCGGAGUCUUACAGAAUCUAAGAGCAAGAUAUGAUUUAAAUGAAAUCUAUACUUACACAGGGAAUAUAUUGAUAGCGGUGAACCCUUUUAUAAAGCUACCUCAUCUUUAUGAUAGUCAUAUGAUGGCACAAUAUAAAGGGGCAGCUUUUGGCGAGCUGAGUCCUCAUCCAUUUGCUGUUGCAGAUGCCGCAUACAGACUGAUGAUCAAUGAAGGUGUAAGUCAGUCUAUCUUAGUCAGUGGUGAAAGUGGUGCUGGUAAAACGGAAAGCACAAAAUUACUCAUGCGUUAUCUUGCUUAUAUGGGAGGAAGAGCUGCUGCUGAGGGAAGGACCGUUGAGCAGAAAGUAUUGGAGUCCAAUCCCGUUCUAGAAGCCUUUGGUAAUGCAAAGACUGUUAGAAACAACAACUCAAGUCGUUUUGGCAAAUUCGUGGAAAUUCAAUUUGACCAGAGGGGAAGAAUUUCAGGAGCUGCUAUCAGGACUUACUUGUUAGAAAGGUCGCGUGUUUGUCAGGUCUCUGAUCCUGAGAGAAAUUACCAUUGUUUCUACAUGCUCUGUGCUGCACCGGCUGAGGAUGUUCAGAGGUACAAGUUGGGAAACCCUAGAACAUUUCACUAUUUGAAUCAAUCAAAUUGCUAUGAGUUAGAUGGGGUUGACGAGUCCAAGGAAUACAUUGCAACAAGGAGGGCAAUGGAAGUUGUUGGAAUAAAUUCUGACGAACAGGAUGCCAUAUUUCGAGUCGUCGCCGCUAUCCUUCAUCUUGGAAAUAUUGAAUUUGCAAAAGGGAAGGAAAUUGACUCGUCCAUUCCUAAAGAUGAAAAAUCUUGGUUCCAUCUGAGAACUGCUGCUGAGAUAUUAAUGUGUGAUCCAAAGGCACUGGAAGAUUCUCUAUGCAAACGUGUAAUUGUGACACGUGAUGAGAAAAUUACAAAGAUGCUGGAUCCGGAUUCUGCAGCUCUCAGCAGAGAUGCUUUGGCUAAAAUUGUGUACUCUAGAUUGUUUGAUUGGCUCGUGGAUAAGAUUAAUAGUUCCAUUGGUCAAGACCCUGAUUCAAAGUCGUUAAUAGGCGUGCUGGAUAUUUAUGGCUUUGAGAGUUUCAAGACAAACAGCUUUGAGCAAUUCUGCAUCAAUUUGACAAAUGAGAAACUUCAGCAGCAUUUCAAUCAGCAUGUUUUCAAAAUGGAGCAAGAAGAAUAUACCAAAGAAGAAAUUGAUUGGAGCUACAUUGAGUUCGUUGAUAAUCAAGACAUUUUAGAUAUGAUCGAAAAGAAACCUGGGGGCAUCAUUGCUCUUCUUGAUGAAGCCUGCAUGUUUCCGAGAUCGACACAUGAGACAUUUGCUCAAAAACUAUACCAGACACUUAAAAACCAUAAGCGCUUCAGCAAACCAAAAUUAGCUCGUAGUGACUUCACAAUUUGCCAUUAUGCUGGUGAUGUCACUUAUCAAACUGAACAUUUCCUAGACAAGAACAAGGACUAUGUUGUUGCUGAACAUCAGGCACUCUUGGGUGCUUCCAAAUGCUCAUUUGUGGCGGGUUUGUUUCCACCUUUGGCUGAGGAAUCCUCUAAAUCAUCGAAGUUCUCUUCAAUAGGUUCUCGAUUUAAGCAACAAUUGCAAGCAUUGCUUGAAACUCUCAAUGCUACAGAGCCGCAUUACAUUCGUUGCGUAAAGCCCAAUAAUCUUCUGAAGCCAGCAAUAUUUGAGAAAAAAAAUGUUCUACAGCAACUACGAUGUGGGGGAGUCAUGGAGGCCAUUAGGAUUAGUUGUGCUGGAUUUCCUACCAGAAAGCCAUUUGAUGAAUUUGUAGACCGGUUUGGCCUCCUUGCACCUGAAGUUUUGGAUGGGAGUUCCGAUGAGGUCACUGCUUGUAAGAGGCUCCUGGGAAAAGUUGGACUUGAAGGCUAUCAGAUCGGCAAAACAAAGGUUUUUCUCAGGGCUGGUCAGAUGGCAGAACUAGAUACCCGCAGAAGUGAGGUCUUAGGAAGAUCAGCGAGGAUUAUUCAGAGGAAAGUUCGCUCUUACUUGUCACGUAGAAGUUUUAUCAAACUCCGUAUAUCAGCAGUACAAAUGCAAGCUGUAUGUCGAGGACAACUUGCUAGGAAAAUUUAUGAGGGCAUGCGAAGGGAAGUUGCCUGUCUCAGGAUCCAGAGGACUCUGCGCAUGUAUCUGUCCAGGAAAGCUUAUAAAGAAUGUUGGUCCUCUGCUGUUUCGAUUCAAACAUGUAUGCGUGGAAUGGCUGCUCGCAAUGAAAUACGUUUCAGAAGGCAGACUAAAGCAGCUAUUAUGAUUCAGAGUCAAUGUCGCAAGUACUUAGCUCGGUUACAUUAUUUGAAGUUGAUGAAAGCCGCAAUUGCAACUCAAUGUGCAUGGAGGGGAGUAGUUGCUCGUAAAGAGUUGCGAAAACUCAAGAUGGCUGCUAGGGAAACAGGAGCCCUUCAAGCUGCCAAAAAUAAAUUGGAAAAGCAAGUUGAAGAAUUGACAUGGAGAUUACAGCUGGAGAAGCGCAUGAGGGCUGAUCUGGAGGAGGCUAAAACCCAAGAAAAUGCAAAAUUGCAGUCUGCGUUGCACGAGAUGCAGCUUGAAUUCAAAGAAACUAAAUCAAUGCUCAUGAAAGAACGUGAGGAUGCCAAAAGAACUGCUGAGAAAACUCCGGUUAUUCAGGAGGUUCGAGUUGCUGACAAUGAAUUGGUGGAGAAGCUUACAAGUGAAAAUGAAAAACUCAAGACGUUAGUGAGUUCGUUGGAAAAUAAAAUUGAUGAAACAGAGAAAAAGUUUGAAGAGACUAGCAAAAUCAGUGAAGAAAGGUUGAAACAAGCGUUGGAGGCAGAAUCCAAGAUAGUUCAGUUGAAGACUGCUAUGCAUAGGUUGGAAGAAAAGGUUUCUGACAUGGAAUCUGAGAACCAAAUUCUUCGGCAACAAACUUUGUUGAAUACACCUGUUAAAAAGAUUGUCGAGUAUCCCUCAACUCCAAUGACUAAGAGCACGGAGAAUGGUCACAUUUUUAAUGAAGACAACAAUACACUUGAGCCACAAAGGGCAACACCAAUGAAGAAGUUAGUCUCAGACUCUGAUAGCAAGCUAAUGAGAUCCAAUAUUGAGCGUCAACAUGAGAGUAUUGAUGCCCUUAUCAAUUGUGUAUCGAAGAACAUUGGGUACAGCCAGGGAAAGCCUAUUGCAGCAUUUACCAUAUACAGAUGUCUUCUCAAGUGGAAAUUGUUUGAAGCUGAGAGGACUAGCGUGUUUGAUCGUCUUAUUCAGAUGAUUGGUUCUGCAAUUGAGAAUGAAGAUGACAAUGACCAUAUGGCUUAUUGGUUAUCCAAUACAUCAGCAUUAUUGUUUUUGCUCCAACGAAGUCUUAAGACAGCAGGUCCAAGCACACACCAAAAACCACCACCUGCUACAUCCCUUUUUGGGAGGAUGGCCAUGGGUUUCCGAUCUUCACCUUCAUCUUCAAACUUAGCAGCAGCUACUGCCCUUGCAGUAGUACGCCAAGUGGAGGCUAAAUACCCUGCUUUGCUUUUCAAGCAGCAGCUUGCAGCAUAUGUGGAGAAAAUUUAUGGAAUUAUUCGAGACAACUUGAAAAAGGAAUUGGCAUCUUUGAUUUCCUUGUGUAUACAGGCAGCGAGAACAUCUAAAGGCAGUGUCCUAAGAUCUGGACGGUCCUUUGGCAAAGAUUCCCCAUUGAAUAACUGGCAGAACAUCAUUGAUACCCUUAACACCCUCCUUUGUACAUUGAAAGGAAAUUUUGUGCCUUCAAUUCUUAUCCAGAAGAUCUAUACUCAAACCUUUUCCUACAUUAAUGUACAACUAUUCAAUAGUCUUCUUUUGCGUCGUGAGUGUUGUACAUUUAGCAACGGGGAAUAUGUGAAAUCUGGGUUAGCAGAGUUAGAGCUAUGGUGCUGCCAAGCUAAAGAGGAGUAUGCAGGCUCAUCUUGGGAUGAACUUAAGCACAUAAGACAGGCUGUUGGAUUCUUGGUAAUACACCAGAAAUACAGAAUUUCCUAUGAUGAAAUCACUAACGACCUAUGCCCUAUUCUGAGUGUUCAGCAGCUGUACAGAAUAUGUACACUAUACUGGGAUGACAACUACAACACUCGAAGUGUGUCCCCAGAUGUAAUGUCCAGCAUGAGGAUCCUUAUGACAGAGGACUCCAACAACGCAGCCAGCAAUUCCUUUUUGUUGGAUGACAAUUCGGGUAUUCCCUUCACGGUCGAUGACCUUUCUAAUACACUACAAGAGAAGGAUUUCUUGGAUGUCAAACCAGCAGAGGAACUUCUUGAGAAUCCGGCCUUCCGAUUUUUGCAUGAGUGAGGCUAAGAGAGCUUGUGUGUGCUCCUCAUUUUUUUUGGGAGACAUGCUGCUCAACUUUCUGCACUAUCCAUUGUAUAUCAAUUCCCCACUCGCCCCGUUUUGUUCAAUUACGUAUAGAUUUUUUUUCCUUCUUUUAGUCCCAUGCCCCUGUUGUGAUAUAAUUCUUUAAUUUCUUUUACAUACAAUAUGCAUGAAAGGUUGUAAAAUUCGUUGUAGGUAAAAAGGGGGCAGGGAUAUAUAUAUAUAUAGUUUGGUUAAGCAUGAGGUCCCUAUUUCUUUGGCAAUUUGUUUUGGGUAUGUUUUGUUCUUGGGCCAUAAUCGGGCCCAGCUUUUGUUUUGGGGGUUCAGUGGACUUUCAUGGCGUUUGAUUGUAAUGUGGUGGUUGAGCCAUUCCUCUCUGCCUAUUUUUUAUUGUACAAGUGACAUACGUGUGAAGUAUCCAUAGUAAUGAAAUUCUUUUUUCUAUAA